AUGACGCAGCUGAGCUUAAGAGCAGGUUCUCCAGAUCCGCAGCCGCUACAGGAGCAGCAACAAACUCUGACCACCGGCGCAAAACCCAAAGCCGGCCGCGCCGCCACCGCCACCACCUCCCCGACCACGGGCCUGGCCGACGCUGCAGCGCGGCUCGUCGCCCGAGGCGAGAAGCCGGCCCCUUUCUCAAGCCCUCGAGAUGGCAGGGCGCUGCGUCUGGUGCCCCCUUGCCAACGCCUGUCCUACCACCAACUGUCAACCGCCCUGGCUAGCGUGAUGGAACGGAGGCCGGAUGUACGAUUGGAGGCGCUCGUCCAGCUGCGUUGUAGCGACAAUAACAAUAGCAAUGCCAAUAAUAGCAGUAGCGGUGGGAUUGGUGACCGAGUUGUAACUGAGACAGGCAAGUCGGUCCUGAUAGCGUUGCGCGGUUUGGGUUUUCUCCUGCGAUGCCGCACCAUGAAGGGAACUGACCCCGUCCUUCAAGACCGCCAACGCACUCGCACUCCUCCCGAGUAUCGGUACGGGCUCUGCUGUCCUGGUUUCGGGGCAGGGCCUAUUUGGAGUCCGGAGCAGCGGCUCAGGCGCUCAAGGUUGAACCAGAUUGUCGGCAGGUCAUCAGCGCACGACACGACGCCACGCGCUUGGUUGUACCUUAGCUUAGGGCAAAAGAAGAGAAAAACACAGGGAGAACAGGCUGCAGCGGUAGCGGCGACGGCUUCACGGCUGUUGCAGGGGGCGUUAGACACGGCUGUGCGGUCGGCGAUGGAGGCAGCUGUGGAGCAGCUGCCGGAGGAUUCCUGGGAAGCUUUCCGGGACGGUGGCGAGACGGGCUUGCUGCGGCUGCUGGCUCGUCGCGCGGAGGAGCGCUUGCCCGAGUUCCUGCGGCCCCGGCCUCGCUGGUAUCACUACAACGCCUGGAUGCGCCAGCGGCUGGCAGCUGGGUGUCCGGGGUUGGCUGAGGCGGUGGUGGACAAACUGGUUGGGGAGACGGACGCCAAUGAUCUGGACCUGAUGCUGCAGAACCCGCUGGCGAUCAUGGCGCAGGCCGAGGAAUACACCCAGGUUCUCCAGAUGUACGGCGAACAGGCACUACUGUCGUACAAGGCCGAGCCACUCAGUUGGGACGAAAUGCAGGCCAUGGCGGGCGGCAGCCUGGUGGGCCUCCCAAUUGGGUACGACGCAACGCAGCACGCCUCAUGGUACGACAGCGGCAGGCAGCCGGAGUCCUGGGAGCUUGGUGGCGGUAGCGGCGUCGGCGCUGGCAGCGGCGUCGCUGCUGAUGAUGAUAUCGUCAAGCGUACACGUAGUGCUGCAAGCAUGAAGAGGGAGGGUGAAGUGAAUGGGGGGGAGCAACUGGAGUUGUGUGAGGGUGAGCAUGAGCGUGAGCGCGAGGGCGAGGGUGAAGGUGCGGUGGCAGCCUCGAGAUACUGGCUCAACCGGGCCUUGGGAGCGCUUCACGGUGGCCUGGCAGGGCCGCGGCGGCUGCAGCUGAACGGCACCUCCUCAUUGGCGGCUGUGCCGCCGCCGCAAGUGCUCUUAAAGUCGGUAGCCCAUGAUGACCAGCAUGGCGACGGCGGCGCUGGCACUGUUCGUAGGCGGGAUUUGGUGCUUCAAGCGACCCAGAUGGCGGCUGACUUGGCGCGACGUCAUGGACGACAGGAAAGCGGUGAAGGUGGCAUCUCUAUCUCUGGCGGCAUCGGCAGCAUCACGGGCAGUGAAGGUGGACGUCUCGCGAGCAACGGCCCUAGCGGUGCUGAGGAGGAAGCCAUGGAGGAUUUGGAGGUGCCUCCAAACGGGGCCGGGGUGGAGGUACAUUCCGAGGUGGCAGGGGCGGAGAUCGUGGCGCCCGCCGAGUUUGAUCUGUUCUCUCUGGACUAG